AACAACUGGCGAUUCAUCAUGUCUGCGGUGCUUGAUAUAGCUUUUGUUAUGGAUUGCACAGGCAGUAUGGGAAAAUACAUAGAUGCUGCAAAACACAACAUUGAAAACAUUAUUGACUCAAUUGUGGCCGAUGGAAACGUCGAAGUUCACAUGGCAUUCAUCGAAUAUAGAGACCAUCCUCCACAAGAUGACACGUUUGUGUCGAGAUACCAUGACUUUACCGACAGCGUUAGUGAGAUGAAGGGAUGGCUUAGUGAGUGUUCUGCAGAAGGUGGUGGAGACUAUCCAGAAGCUGUAGCAGACGGGCUUAAUGAACUUCUUAAACUCAAAUGGUGUUCGGGGUCUAUAAAAGUGGUCACCCUAAUAUUAGAUGCCCCGCCACAUGGGGUAGGUGCAUUUGGUGAUACAUUUCCUGACGGCUGCCCCUGUGGACUUGAUCCGCUAAACGUUGUCCGGAAGCUUGCAGGAUUGUGGGUUACUCUUGAUGUUUUAGGUAGUGAACAAAAAGAUGGAUUGCCUCAAGAUUUUCUCACAGCGUUGGCGUAUAUCACUGGGGGUCAAUAUGUUCCAACGGCAGGCGCAGAUUCACUGCCCCAAAUUAUCAUCGGAGGAGCAAAAGAAGAGCUGUCACUUAAUUCAUUGUUGAAGGAGGUUUACAGAGAGGUUCUACGUGAACUUGACAUAACGAAGAAUGUUGACGAAGAGCAUCUUACAAAAAAAAUAUACAAGAUCCUGAUCAGCAAAGGUCACACAACAAGAAGACUAACUAGAAAUGCAAUGGGAAUGGAUUCCAUCAACGAAACCGUCAAAGCUAUUUCAAGAAAGACCUCGCUAUCCGAGGUACGUUCAAUGUCGAUGGGUUAUAAGGCCGUCAAGCAAGCUGAUCGUGCUGACGUCUACGGCUAUGUCGAAGACAAACUUGAUAUUGCACAAGUCCAGAGGAUGGUAAAGAAGUGCCUCACUAAAAAUCAAGAAGCACCUGCAGCAAUUGAUCCAAAGAAAGAAACCAGGAUUAUAUUACUGGGUAAAACAGAAUCUGGAAAAUGCGCCUUAGGAAAUUAUAUCCUGGAAAAAAAUGCGUUUCAGAAGAGUACGACCAGGGAAAACAAAAUCAGCAAAUGUUCCGUGCAGUCUAACAUGGUCAACGGGAGACGUGUCACUGUGAUUUAUACUCCAGAAUUUUGCGACACUGGAAUAAGUGAAGACGAAAUCAAGGAUGAAUUGAGAAGAGCAAUACGUUUGGCAGCACCAGGUGUAAAUGUCUUCCUCUACGUCUUUGAUGUAGAUGCAAGAUUCACCAUGGAAGAUCAGAAGGCAUUCGAAAGAGCCUCAAAGCUGUUUGGAAAGAAACUGGAUGACCAUUGCAUUGUGGGGUUUUCAAACGGUGACGUGCUUUUAAAUAAAAACAUGUCUGAGAAGCAGUACUUGGAAAACUGUGAACAUCUGAAAAUCAUAACCAAAAAAGUACACGGACGAACAUUCUUUACUUACAACAAGAACACAUCUUCGAAGAAAGAUCACCUGAAUAAAUUGUAUGAAAUUGUGGAUGCAGUCUUCACUGACAAUUUUGCAAGUCAUUACACAUCGACAUUAUUCGAAGAAGCAGAGAAAGAAAUGAGACUUUUAGAUGAAGAAUACAUUAAAAAAGCCGGCAGACACAUCACAAGAGAAGAGGCUCGAGAAAAUUCACGCAAUCAGGUCGUACAAGGAACUGGCUUUGGGGAGGUUAUUACAGCGGCAAUUGUAGGAUCAUUACUAUUGGCCAUUGUUGCAACACCAUUAGCCGUUGUUGCAGCACCGUUUGUUUUAGCGGGUGCAGUAGUGGCAGGGUUGUUUGGCUUCUUUAACAGAUAAUGACUAUCGUCAGUUCACGCAUAUGAAGAUCUAAAUCCGGUUGGUGGAGACUAAAGACGUCAAAGAACGUGAUCUAGGCAACUUUUGAUUGCUGCUUCGCCGAUUCACACAGUUUGCGGAUGAUUUUUUGUCACCUUCCUAGACCACUGAAUAGUUGUUUAUGGCGGGGUUUUUUUUUCUUGUUUUUUAUAUAUAUAUAUAUUUCUUCUUUUUUUUGUUGUUGUUGUUUUGUUUGUUUUUGUUUUUAUGUCUUUGCUUGUUUGAGGUUUUAGCUUUUUUAAAUGUUUUUUUUUUAGUAGUUAUAUGUUCAAUUCAUUUCAAGUUCACUAACAAUAUAGGAGAAGCCAUGUGUUUAGGGAAGUGACGUCACGUAUCAGCAUGCGCGCGCAUCUGGUAGG